AUGUCGGACAAGCACGUCUUCAACUCCUCCGAGGGCCUUGUUCUCAAGUCACUUCGAGGUGCAGUUGCACUCGACCCAGCUUUACGUCUCCACGCCCCGUCCAAGACCGUCUACAUAGCUUCCCCUCCACCGAACGACCGUGUGGCCCUCAUCGCAGGAGGUGGAGCGGGACAUGAACCCGCCCAUGUAUCCUACACCGGUUCCGGAAUGCUCGCUGCCUCCGUCUCGGGCGAUAUUUUCGCCAGCCCCAGCGCGAAACAGAUCCUCAUCGCCAUCGAGCUCGCGCUUCUCACCUCUGUCCCCGGCGCUCUCGACCAAGGGACUGAUCUUUGGACUAAGAAAGACCUGAAGCAGGUCCUCCUAAUCAUCAACAACUAUACUGGCGACCGUCUCAACUUUGGCCUCGCACUCACUCGCGCACGUUCCCUAUACCCACACCUCGCUAUCGAUUCCGUUGUCGUGGCAGAUGACGUAUCGCUUCUCAAGUCUCAAUCAGGAUCGUUGGUUGGUCCGAGAGGAUUGGCUGGGAAUAUAUUGGUCUGUAAAGUUUUGGGAGCGUAUGUGCAGACGGGAGCGCAGUUAGGCGACGUGAAGAGGAUGGGAGAUGCUAUUGUCGGGGCAUUACGCAGUGUAGGGGUAGGGCUGGAGCAUUGUCAUGUUCCUGGGAGGAAGAGGGAGGGUUCUGCGGAAGAGGGAGACGCAGAGACGCAGGUUGGCGAGAAGGGAGGAAGGUGUGAGGUCGGGAUGGGGCUGCACAACGAGCCAGGUGUAAGGAGGGGUAUGUUCGGAAGCGCCGAGGGGCUCGUGGGCGAGAUGCUCGAUCUAAUCUUGACUUCCGGACUGAGCGAGAAAGGGACUGAAGCCGAGGUUGAAGAGGAAGCAGAGGAAUUUGUGAGAAUCGGGAAGACGGCGGAGGAGACAGAUGAGGUGGUUUUGUUCAUCAAUAACUUGGGAGGAAUGUCCCAGCUUGAGAUGGGCGCCUUGGUAGAGGAUGCAGUCAUGCAGCUUCGUGCAAUCAAUAUCCAUCCUAAACGUAUCUACUCUUCAUCAUAUAUGACCUCUCUCAACGCACCUGGGUUCUCCGUAUCCCUCCUUAACGUCUCUCUUACUCGCCGCACCCUCUCCGCCACCAGUCAAAUUGAUCAACUCAUCGAAAACAUCGACGUCCUUGCCCUUCUCGACGCUCCAACCACCGCUCAUUCUUGGCUCGGAACCCGAUCAUGGCCCAUCGCCUCCAUCCGUUCUUAUGAGAGAGAAGAGGCCGAGGCUGAUCGCCUGCUUCGCUAUUUGAACCGUGGCAGUGAGGAUGGCAAUGGUACCCUCACCGGAGAUCGAGAAAGCACGACCUAUUGGCGUGAUGCAGACAUAUCCGUGAGUGUAGUGGAGAGUGGUAUCAGGGGUGCUUGUGAGAAAGUAUUGGAGUGUGAGGGCGAGAUGACGAGGUUCGAUACAGUUGUGGGAGAUGGUGAUUGUGGCGAGACAUUCGCGAAGGGUGCGCGAGCGGUACUUCAAGCACUCGACAGCGGAGAUCUAGACAUCAAGACACUGGACCCACCAGCCCUGAUGUGUCGUCUCGGAGAAAUCUUAGAGGACAAUAUGGGCGGAACGAUUGGUGCAAUCCUCGCGAUCUUCUUCACCUCCCUCUCCACAUCCGUCCCCAGCGUGCCCUCCCAGCCUUGGCAUACGUCUCCUUCCCAGGCCCUUUCGUCACUAUCUGCACACACCCCGGCCAAACCCGGCGAUCGAACUCUCGUGGACGCUCUUAAGCCAUUCUGCAAUCAUCUUGUAGUUGGCGGCGAGGAUGGUGCGGGCGCGAGGUCCAUGGAUGUCGCCGUAAAGAACGCGAGAGAUGGGGCAGAAAGCACGAGAGGGAUGAAGGCGAAACUGGGGAGGGCUGUGUAUGUCGGUGAUGGUGGAAAUGGCGAUGCGAGCGCGGCGAAAGCAGGUUCGGAAGAUGGACUGCCCCCCGAUCCGGGAGCUUGGGGUGUGGCGGCGGUUGUGGAGGGAUUGUGGGAGGGGAUGAAGAAGGGAGCCUCUUAGAGCAUUUUGAACUUGUAUCUUACUGGCCGAGAAGAAGGAUUGUCUGCGUACGUGUAACUCCAUCUGAUUCAUCUAUGUUUUGCUGGAUACUUUUGUGGAUCACGUCGAAUGCUGCUGUCCCC